AUGCUUGUGAAGCCUUCUGCGUGCAUCUUUCUUUUCACCUGUGUCUUCCAACUCAGCCAUACCUGGUCAGUGAACAAUUUCCUGAUGACUGGUCCAAAGGCUUACCUGAUCUACUCCAGCAGCGUGGCAGCUGGUGCCCAGAGUGGAAUUGAAGAAUGCAAAUACCAGUUUGCUUGGGACCGCUGGAACUGCCCUGAGAGAGCCCUGCAGCUGUCCAGCCAUGGUGGCCUUCGCAGUGCUAAUCGGGAGACAGCGUUUGUGCACGCCAUCAGUUCUGCCGGGGUCAUGUACACUCUGACUAGAAACUGCAGCCUUGGGGAUUUUGACAACUGUGGCUGUGAUGACUCCCGCAAUGGGCAACUGGGGGGCCAAGGCUGGCUGUGGGGAGGCUGCAGCGACAACGUGGGCUUCGGAGAGGCAAUAUCCAAGCAGUUCGUCGAUGCCCUGGAGACAGGACAGGAUGCUCGGGCAGCUAUGAACCUGCACAACAACGAGGCCGGCCGCAAGGCGGUGAAGGGCACCAUGAAACGCACGUGUAAGUGCCACGGGGUGUCUGGCAGCUGCACCACGCAGACCUGCUGGCUGCAGCUGCCGGAGUUCCGAGAGGUGGGCGCGCACCUGAAAGAGAAGUACCACGCAGCUCUCAAGGUGGACCUGCUGCAGGGUGCAGGCAACAGCGCGGCGGGCCGCGGCGCCAUCGCUGACACCUUUCGCUCCAUCUCCACGCGGGAGCUGGUGCACCUGGAGGACUCCCCGGACUACUGCCUGGAGAACAAGACGCUAGGGCUGCUGGGCACCGAAGGCAGAGAGUGCCUGCGGCGCGGCCGGGCCCUGGGCCGCUGGGAGCGCCGCAGCUGCCGCCGACUCUGCGGGGACUGCGGGCUGGCGGUAGAGGAGCGCCGCGCCGAGACCGUGUCCAGCUGCAACUGCAAGUUUCACUGGUGCUGCGCGGUCCGCUGCGAGCAGUGCCGCCGGCGAGUCACCAAGUACUUCUGCAGCCGCGCGGACCGGCCACGGGGGGGCGCGGCGCACGAACCCGGGAGAAAACCCUAA